AUGAAGGUAUAACAUUGAAAGUUUAAAAAUUAACAAAAACAUAAUUUAUAACUAAAAAAUAUGUUAACAUGCCAUGUUUACCUUCUCUCUAUCGUCAUAGCAACGAUCGAAACAGAUACGAUUAAAAAGGUAACAAAGACAAAUAUGGCACAUAUCAAUGCUAUGGCGUGGAAAAAUUCACUUAAAAGUUUUUUUGCUGUAAAUAAUAAAGAAGAUAAUGAUGAAGAUGGUGGAGAUAAUUUUGAUACAGAAUUCAAAGUCCUCUGCAUCGGCGAUUCCUUAACAGAAGGUUACUAUGGUAUUUUACAUCAUUAUCAUCCAUAUACCAUGAAGUUACAAGAAAUGAUAACGAACAGUUUGGGAAAUCGAGUCAAGGUGUACACGCGUGGAAAAGGAGGCGAAAAAGUUCACGAAGAAAUGAUGGAACGUUUAAGGAGUGAACUGAAUCAAACUGAAGCUUCAAGCACCAAACCUCUUCGAAUCUUUGGCACGAUAACACAACGAAUUAGCAGGUUGUCAUCAAAUAUUUUGGUAGCGAGCGGAAAUUCUUAGAGACCCCAGGGCUUCUUGUUUAGUUUUGAUAAUGGGAGGUGUGAAUGAUUUGGUCAACCUCGACUGCAUCAAUGAGAUAGAUCUAUUCAAGGACAUAAAAACUCUGCACUCGUUGGCUCAUAAAAGAGGCGUCAAGACCGUUGCCAUGACGAUUUUAGAGGCUUACGUGAAAGAGGAGAAAUUAAGUUACGUAGAUAGUAAAGAGUUUGAGAAAUUAAGAAUAAGCAUAAAUCAGAAAAUAAAAGCAAUGAAUGAAACUGAAGUAAUGUUGGUUUGCGAUACUGCCAUGUUGUUUCCUUAUAAAUCCUUGUCCGACACAAUGAAGAAUUAUUUAUGGACCAAUGAUAAAGUUCAUCCAACACCGCGUGGUUAUGAUCAGUUAGGAAGAGUUAUAUUUCACUGUAUUUAUGAAAAAAUUAGGUCAGAGUUAAAAGUAACAAAUAAUCUGCUCUGAUAAUACAUUUAUGCUAGUGACAAGCUAUUAUUUUUAUCGAUACCUAUCUGUGCUUUAUCUCUCGAGGUUUUGAUUUCGGGAAGGACUGGGAACUGGAAUAUUCGCCCUUCCAUGUCAUUGCCAUUGCCAUUCUGGUUCACAUGUCGCAAAUGACCAAUAAGCACCAAAAGCUUAAAUAAUUGCUUAGGACACAGAGGAAGCUUGUUUGGAUGAACACACCAUUUAUUAAUUACAUAGCAUAUGAGAACGUAUCUCACAAUAUGUUGUCGGAUAUACCAUACAUGGAUAUACACAUAGAUGAAACAGACUUUUAUUUUUUUUAUUUUUUAUUGCGUUUUUAAUUUAAUUUUACAACCUUGCAAGUACUCAAAUAAAAUACAAUUUUCCAGGAAAGGGAAAUUUUUUAAAUAAGAACUCGUACAAAUAGGCGUCCACCCUAUGAGUUUAAAGAUCUAAUAGGCGUUUGUUAAUUUUUAAAUCCCUCCCCCAUGUUUAUUUAUCUUCCCUUUCAUUUAUUAUUUAUUAAAAUGAGUAUAGUAUCCAGCCUAUUUACAUCUUCCUGUAAUCAAAUCGAAAUAGUAUGUCAAAAUGCAUGUAGU